UCAUUCUUUCGCUGUGAACUCAGAGAAGACUAAUAAUCAACAAUGGCCAGAACCAAGCAGACCGCCCGUAAGUCCACCGGAGGAAAGGCUCCCAGGAAGCAGCUGGCGACCAAGGCUGCCCGUAAGAGCGCCCCCGCCACCGGCGGAGUGAAGAAGCCCCACCGUUACAGGCCCGGUACCGUGGCUCUGAGGGAGAUCCGCCGCUACCAGAAGUCCACCGAGCUGCUGAUCCGCAAGCUGCCCUUCCAGCGCCUGGUGAGGGAGAUCGCUCAGGACUUCAAGACCGACCUGCGCUUCCAGAGCUCCGCCGUCAUGGCUCUGCAGGAGGCCAGCGAGGCUUACCUGGUGGGUCUGUUCGAGGACACCAACCUGACCGUUGUUGUUAAAAUGUCUGGCCGCGGAAAAGGAGGCAAAGGACUCGGUAAAGGAGGCGCCAAGCGUCACCGUAAAGUUCUCCGUGAUAACAUCCAGGGAAUCACCAAACCCGCCAUCCGCCGUCUGGCUCGCCGUGGCGGUGUGAAGCGUAUCUCCGGUCUGAUCUACGAGGAGACCCGCGGUGUGCUCAAGGUGUUCCUGGAGAACGUGAUCCGUGAUGCCGUCACCUACACCGAGCACGCCAAGAGGAAGACCGUCACCGCCAUGGACGUGGUGUACGCUCUGAAGAGGCAGGGCCGCACCCUGUACGGCUUCGGGGGUUAAAGCUCAUCCAGACCCGCUGACAACGAACCAAAGGCUCUUUUAAGAGCCACACACUUUAUCUGCAGAGCCCACAGUCCCUGAUCAUUUUAUUUUAGUUCUCAGAUUAUAUAUAUUUAUAUAUGUGUGGUCAGUGUUGACCAACAAGAAGUUGUACUUGACUAUUAUCAGCGUGGACCGUUAGAACUCCAGUUUCCUUCAAUAUGAACUUCUCUAUUCAUACAGUGGAAACAAAUACACUAGAACUAAACUUGCAACAAUGUAUCAUAAUGUAAAAUUGUUUUCACUGAGCAUAUAUAACAUAAUCUUGAGGGGGAAAAAUACAUAUUACAUUUACUUGCAAGUUUCAUAAAUGGAUUUCAUCAAGGCUUUAUAGUCCUAUAUAUAAUUCAUAUUGUGGUAUUGAAUUAAGUUAGUUUUUGCUCUUUACAUUUUUUUAAAUGUAUUUAUAAUAAAUGGCUCCAUGUAGGAUAGGCAUUGUGGUUUUUGUGUUCUUUAAGUAGAACAUAAUACAUUUGCAUUAUUGUAUUAAUUUUUACAUACUAUAUACUUAUACUAGUUUUAACAAAAGACUAAUUCAUUGAUAAAAUGGUGACUUGAUCAAAGCAUGUCUAUAAAGAGAUACAGCAUUUUAAUUUUGUGUAUGAAAAAUUAAUUCCUGAUAGUGAUUGAUACACACGGAUAAUCACAUUUCAGCAUUAAUAAUAAGAAAAUGUUUGUAAACUUAAAGCAGAACUUGUUACUUUGGUUCAGGAUGCAUAAUAGAGGCAGGAUGGUCCAUUAACUGAUCAAAGCAGCAAGAACAGAAUAAAAUUGUUCAGUCUUUAGAAUCAGAAUCUGGUUUAUUAUUAUCAUAGGAGGAAUUUGCCUUGGUGCAAAGAAUCACAAAAAAUCAAAUACUAAAGAUAUAAAUAUUCCUGUCCUUCUUAAUGAGGCCGGCUAUAUGUAAACAAAUUAAUAAAUGCAAUGUUUGAACUCAACAUCCCCUUUAUCUGAUAUUAAAAUAUCUCCGUGGACAGAAUUCACUCAUAUGUUAACUUAUAUUGUUUUAAAGACAACCUCAAAGUACGUGUUCCUAUCGAACUGAAGCAAAGGAGAUCAAUAAACUGAUCACUGGUUUAUUUUCAUGGUUACAAAUGUUUUUGUAAUUGUCCUGAAACGACUGUCGGCUGUUUCUCCUGCUGAUUCAGUG